UAAUUUGUUUACAUGCCAAAGUGCGAAUAUGUAGAGCAAAUUAAUUAAAAUGAGCGUUAAAAUAUUCCUGCCAGAGCAUCUUUUUUAUACGAAACAUGAGCAUGACAUUUUUGGAGAAAUACAAAUAAAUGAAAAUAAUUCAGUUUCUUACUAUGUGAUAUGCACCGAAAACAAAAGUAACUUACGUCUUCUUGGGCACAUUUUAAGUGUCGGCAGCAACGCGACAAAUUUGAAAUUACGCGAUGUUUCGCUAAGUUUUACAUUUGACCCAGAAACGCCAAAUAUUUAUUUGAAUAAACUAAGUAUUAAACCACCGAACGCAACGCAUGUUAAUGUCUUCCUGUACAAUGCACGCAAACUAUUGCAGUUGUGCACAACAAUGCCAAAGGAUGAAUACGAUGUCGUGUUUCUAUAUCACUUACUGCAGGAAAACCAAAGUACAACAGCUAAGAGGCGCACCUUUAGUCAGUUUGUAUUAAAAGGACUUAACUUUCCCAUGGAACUUAUGACACAAAUAUUUAUUUUUAUAAUGGAACUGAAGCCAGUGUCAAUGUUAUUGCACAAUAUUGCAUUCUACAAACACUUCCGUGAAUGGAGCAAGUUCCGAUCUUCAGGGAAACGAAACGUAAAUAUAACCUUUGACAAAAUAUUGGGCAUUUACGUGAUGCUCCUGUUACUCAUUUUUCUGCCCCAACCAGGAAAUUAUCUAAAGAGAGCUUCACAGUUUGUGAUAGGCCACGUGAGACUUUUAAUCAAUUCCUUAAAAGGUAAUCCGAUUGGUUUAAAAUUGAACGUUCAUUUGAAUAAUUUCUUUCUGGACUGUUGUGAUUACCACAUUGACUUGUGGGAAAAGUCAUUAGAAUUGAUUGAACCAAUAAUAAAGAAGUUGUUUUUGCCGAUUGCCUUACUUGGAUCCAUGGGACUGUCCUUUCAGCUAGCAUUGUUUGCAGAUCUAAUAUCGGUUAUGGGUUUACAUGCGCACUGCUUUUAUAUUUACACUGCUGUUUUAUAUAGAAUAGAGAUAAAGGGACUACAAAGCUUGUGGAAAGUUAUGUUGGGAAAGCGCUACAACCGUUUAAAAAAUCGUGUGGAGUCUCACAAUUAUAUAAAUCGCCAAUUGUACUUGGCCACAAUACUUUUUACAUCGCAGUUAUUUUUGUUUCCAACUAUACUGGUUUAUUACACAGUUUUUACAACGGUACGAUUAUGUAUAUAUUUAUUUAAUCUGCUGUUGAUAAGAACUCGUCGCCACAUACUUGAAUUUCCUUUAGAGACGCUUUUCAAAUAUCUAACACGGCGUUUUUAUGAAGUCGAAAGCAUACAUAUGCAGCAUUUACAACACGAACCGUCACCAUUAUUGGAACCUGAAUCAACUCACAUGGAAAUGUGUGUUUUUCAAAUAAAUGUGCUAUCGUCUUCCUUGGGCCGUGUAUUUUCAUGCAAAAGUGGAGUCCUGAAAGAAUUAACAUCAGUUGAACAUAAUACUUUGAAAAAUAUAUUUAAUGGUAUAUUAGAGGGAAAAUUUUAA